AUGCAACUGAACCCGAGCAUCGCGCGCUCCCGCCUAACGACACCAGCCGCGCUGUUUUCUCUCACCCUCGUCUUCUUCUCUGCCUUCAACUACGGCUUCAGUGACCAGUCCUUUGCAUCGACGCAGGCCACGACGGCCUUUACCAGGCAAUUCGGCGAAUACAAUGCAAAGACGCACAAGUAUGCGCUGACAACGGUGUACUUGAGUCUGCUCAACAGCAUCAAGGCCGGUACGCAGCUCGUGGGCGUCUUCAUCGGCAGCUGGAUCAGCAACAAAUAUGGUCGGCGGGCGUGCAUCUGCGCCAUGAGCGUGUACGCCCUCGGCAGUACAACCGUCAUUGUCUCAUCCUCAGGCCGCGCGCAAAUGCUGGCCGGCAGAAGUAUUCACUAUAUUUAUCUUGGAAUGCAACUAGCUGUCAUACCUACCUUCUUAGCCGAAAUUUCGCCCCCGCAGUUGCGAGGCACUACCGGCGCGUCUUACUGGCUCGCCAUCAAGUUUGGUGGCCUUGUUGUCACAUCCAUUGUGCGAGCAACGUCUACAAUCAAAGGGAAUUCUUCAUGGCGGAUACCCAUUAGUUUGAUCCUCGUCAUACCUACCAUUCUCAUUGGUCUUGUGUGGUUCAUCCCAGAGUCUCCUCGCUGGCUGCUUCUUCGUGGCAAGAGAGACGCUGCGCUUUCUUCUCUCACGCGUUUGCGACAAUCGCGCGCCGAACAUCGCGCGAAACUGCCCCCCUCUGCGUCCAUCAUCCAAGAGCUGAGUGACCUGUCUGAAGCUAUAGAGCGCCUGCGACGAGAAAUUGCCGAAUCACCCCCGGAUCAAAAUGUAUCGAGCUCCGUUGCCACACGAUCCCACCUCGGACAGUUCGUGGCCAUGUUCUCGCGCCAGCAUCGCGAGUGCACGGCCGUCUGUGUUGGUCUACUCUUCUUCCAGCAAUCCACUGGCCAAUCUUUUGCGUCGCAGUACGGAACACUCUUUGUCAAGGCUCUGCACACCAUCAAUCCAUUUAGUGUGGCGCUCGGUAUAAACGCCAUUGAUAUUGGCGCCAUCAUCAUCUGUAUGGCCCUCGUCGAUCGCGUCGGUCGGCGCAGCCUACUCAUUUCCUCUGCUGUUCUGCAGACCGCCUCCCUAAUCAUCAUGGGUGGUCUUGGCGUUGUCGCUCAUGCGUCUGACACGGCUCAAGGCGCCGCAUCGGCGUCGACGGGCGCCAAGGCUGGCAUCGUUGCCAUGCUCAUGCUCUACUCUUUUGGAUGGAGCUUUGGAUACGCACCGUUGGCAUACGUCGUGGCGGCCGAGCUGCCUUCGCCAUUCUUGCGUGAAUACACGUUGCGUCUGGCAUACUCUGUCAAGCUCAUAAUGGAGUUUGUCAUCUCAUUUACCUAUCCAUACUUGGAGGAUGUGAACAAGGGCCAUCUCGGAGGAAGGCUGGGCUUCAUCUAUGGAUCAAUAGCCUUCUUAGCCCUCAUUUUUAGCGUUUUUGCGGUUCCAGAGACGAAACACAUCGAACUGGAAGACAUGGCCAUUGUUUUCGAGAAACAUGAGCUUCGGCAUGAAAAGAUUGCUCUAGCCAGCCCUGCCACGUCCUCGGAGCACAACGACAUGGCCCAGGAGAAUAGCCACACAGCGGGUAGAGCGAACGGCGAGACUCCAUCAGAAGCGCCAACACUUUGA